GCCCUUCUUUGUGCUGCUCUGUGGAUAGCAGCAGGGGUUUGUGAAGUGGGAGGAGGGAAACAACUGAAGAAAGGACAGAUUGGAACUACAUGGACUAAGGGGCAUAGGGUGGGGGGUUUGUAAAAAAAAAAUAAGUCUGAGAGAGGACAGAUUUAGUGUAGAACAGAACCAGACAGGCGAAAGAGGAAGCGGCAGAAAGGGGUGGGAGCUAAGAAGGUUACCUCAUCUAGAGCAGCUUGUGCACACGGUGCCGGGGAGAAGUUGUGGGAAAGUAAACAGCACAGGAGAAUUCAAAUCUGUGUUCAGCCACUCACAGCCCUCAAAGGACACUGUAAAGAUGAGUGUGUUGUGGUAACAGCUGACUGUUUAUGGGAUGUUUUCAGGAUUAAAGGGUCACCAAGGAGUGCCUGAAGCUUCUUGGAAGACAUAGUCUACUGUUGCUGUCAAGAAGUAAUGUCGUCUACGAUAUCUCACCAACCAACUAAAGAUGGUGAAGAGGAGGAUGAUGAAGAGCAAGGGGAAGAAUUUAUGUUUGAUGACAGCACAGAUGAGGAAAAACCUCAGGAAGACGUCACCUCGGAAUGUAUUACACCUGUAUGUGUGCCAAAAAAUGACAACGAGGCAUCAGGUGCUGUAGCUGCAGACUGCACAGAGCUUUUUAAACAUCCACCUCCUGCUGGACCAGAGAGCAUUGUGGCUUCAAUUCCCGUCACUGAUGUUCCAGCCGCUGAGUCACCAAACGAGAUCUCAGCAGCAGCAGCCGAGCUCAGCGCAUCAGAUCGUUGUUUGGGAGAGGAGCUUCCUGUGAUGCCGCCGUCUGAUUCAGGAGAUCGCAGCAAAGAAACCGUUCAGGAAAGCUCUGACUCGAGGGACAUCUCUGAAGAAGCAGGUGCACCAGAGGCUUCGUUAGAGGUGAUCUAUGAUGACGUUCCCAGCGAGGAACCUCUCUCCCCUGAUGAAGCAGACAUGAUCUAUGAAGAUGUCCAAAGAGAGAGUGGUCCUUUGGAGGCAAACAACGGGUGGAGCUCCAGUGAGUUUGAGAGCUAUGAUGAGCAAUCUGAUAACGACGCCAAGCUGCCAGCAAGGAGCAAGCUCUCACCUGAAGUGCAUCGGCUGAGGGAACGGUGCGCCAGGACCAAACGUGAACUGGCUAUGAGGCUGUCUGGAAAGCACAACUAUGACAUCAAGGUUCAGCAGCUCAUGAGGGCAGCAAGAACCGGAACGAAGGAUGGACUUGAGAGGACCAAAAUAGCCGUCAUGAGAAAAGUGUCAUUCCUGCAGAGAAAAGAUCAAAUGGAGGAGGAGGAUGAUGCUGGAUACCUGGAUGUGGCUGUGUCAGAAGUGAAGCAUCCUCCCCCGCAGCUGAGCCCCAUGCCAGAAGGGUUGACCAACCACCAGGUUGUCAGGCGCCAUAUCCUUGGCUCCAUCAUUCAGAGCGAGCGGAGCUACCUGGAAUCUCUCAGGAGGAUCUUGCAGGAGUACCACAGACCAUUGAUGGAGGCAGAGCCGCGCAUACUGAGUCCAAGGAAGAUCCGGCCCAUUUUCCACCGAAUCAGAGAGAUCACACAGUGUCACUCCAUGUUCCAGAUUGCGCUGGCUUCCCGUGUGGCAGAGUGGGACAGCAGUGAGAAAAUCGGGGACUUGUUUGUUGCCUCGUUUUCCAAGUCCAUGGUGCUGGAUGUGUACAGUGAUUAUGUGAACAACUUCACCAAUGCAAUGGCUCUCAUCAAAAAGGCAUGCAUGUCCAAACCGGCAUUCUUGGAAUUUCUGAAGAGGAAACAGGCCUCCAGUGUGGACCGGAUAACUCUGUAUGGACUGAUGGUGAAGCCCAUUCAGCGAUUCCCCCAGUUCAUUCUCCUCUUGCAGGACAUGCUUAAGAAUACACCAAAGGGCCACGUGGAUCGUCUUCCCCUGCAGCUCGCACUGACAGAGCUGGAAACGUUGGCUGAGAAGCUGAAUGAACAGAAACGAGUAGCUGACCAGAUUGCAGAGACUCAACAACUCGCCCGCAGCAUCAGUGAUCGCCUGCUCAGUAAGCAACUGAACUCAGAGCAGAGGUCACUGGUCCUUUGUGAAACACUUAUUGAGACUGUGUAUGGUGAGCGGGGACAAGUACUGAAGUCGAAGGAGAGGAAGGUCUUCCUUUUUGAUGAUGUGCUCAUCUGUGCCAACAUAAAUGUCAAAGGACCUCCGGAUAUUAGCAGCCUUGUUCCUGUUGGCCCCAAGUAUACCAUGAAGUGGAGCGCCCCCCUUCAGCAUGUGCAAGUAGUAGAGGUUGGCCAGGAGAACUCUCAAAGCAAAGACACCUUGUUUCAGCAGAGUGGGACUAAGAGGCCAAGUGGGGCCUGUAAUUCAGGUAAAGCUCUCUUGGGCCCUCCACGGUUGUACCAGGAGCUGCAGGAACUUCAACAUGACCUUUCAGUUGUGGAAGAGGUUACUCUGCUUGUGGGCACACUACAGGGAAUAUACCAGAACCUAAACACCACCGUGUCCCAGGACUGGUGUCUGGCUCUGCAGAGGCUUAUCCGCAUCAAAGAAGAACAAAUCCAGUGUGCUAACAAGUGUCGCUUACGCCUGCAGGUGCCUGGCAGGCCAGACAAGUCUGGCCGACCAGUUAGUUUCAUGGUGGUCUUCAACACCCCCAACCCUCUUAGUAAGAUCUCCUGGGUCAACCGACUGCACUUGGCCAAGAUUGCACUAAGAGAGGAAAAUUCCCGAGGUUGGUUAUAUGGAGAAGAUGAAGGGAAAACUAUAGUACCAUUUUCCUGUCCACUGCUUGCCUGUCACAUGCCUGUCUUUGCUACCAAGUCAACAGAAAGAAAGCUGGAAACUGCUCUUCACAACCCUGUUAACUGUGCAUUGUUGGGCUUUUCUGCAGCAAGUACCUCUUUACCUCAAGGCUACCUCUGGGUGGCUGGUGCAGACGAAGGUUUUCAGGGCCACAUAGAGAUUUUUUCCCUCAACAGGCCUACCCCACGGGCUGUGAAGAGCCUACAGAUCAAUUCUGCGAUUCGAUGCUUGGAGUAUGUGCAGGCGCCUUCACCAACAGAGGAGGAAGACGUGGGCAUUCAUAAGGCCACCGCAGGGACCGGUACCAACAUAUGUGUUGGAUUAGAUGAUGGCCGCAUUCUGGUCUAUGGGAGCGCGGACACUGCAGCCCAAUGCCUAUUGACCCUCCACAACCCGGAGGGCUGCCCUGUGCUGUGCCUGAAGCACUCUGCUCGCUUCCUGUUUGCGGGUUUGCGGAAUGGUACAGUGAUGGUUUAUGGAAGAAAUAACAAUGAUGACCUCUGGGACCCUGAAUCUCCAAUAUGUGUUAGCCUGGGAGCGGAGCCAAUUCGGACUUUGCUGGUGCUGGAUGAAUCUGUGUGGGCAAGCUGUGGGAACUCUGUCACAGUCAUACAAAUAUCUACCCUUACAACUCAGAAAUUUGAAGUCCAUCCAGACCCAAUGAUCAGCGUUACACAUAUGGCCUGUGCUGGUGGAGGAGUGUGGAUGGCCUUCUCAGAGGGCUCCUCCAUUCGUCUCUUUCAUACAGAAACACUGGAGCUUCUGCAGGAAAUCAACAUUUCAACACGUUCAAUGCUGCAGAACACUGGUCAAAAGAACAUGCGAGUGACAAGUCUUCUAAUUUGCCAAGGGUUGUUAUGGGUGGGAACAGCCCAAGGUUUAAUCAUCACUCUUCCAGUUCCUAAACUGGAGGGCAUCCCCAAAAUAACAGGAAAGGGAAUGAUCUCUCUAAAUGCUCAUUGUGGACCUGUGGACUUUCUUGUGGCAACCACCAGCACUUUGUCUCCUGAUCUACUCAAGAGAGAUUCUGUUGUGGAUGGACCAGACUCUGCCUGUGGAGGUGAAGACCGAAGUGACUCCUCCUCACAGGAAUCCUUGCAACCCUCCAGUUGCUACAAAGCAGAAGAGAAAGGAAAAGGACGGGGUGUUCUGCUACAGUACAGGCUGCGUUCCACAUCAGGACUACCGGGACGGCCGCUGACUGCUCACGGGGACGAGGCCUCUGACUCGUCCCUAGAGUCUUUGGAGCACAGUGUGGAGGAUGGAUCUAUCUACGAACUCAGCGAUGACCCGGAAAUGUGGGUUCGAGGACGUCCAUGUGAAAAGGAUGCAGUGCGUAGGGACAGGGUGAUAUCUGCUGCAGUCAUAUCAGGAGGAAAAGGUUUUCGUAGACUGAAGGAAGGAGUAGGGACAGGUUCUAGGACAAGUGGAGACUCUUUAGAAAAUACUCUUAUGGUAUGGCAACUCCCACUGACAGUGUAAUAUGGAAAAAAACCACAACAGGAUUUGUCUUUGUCAACACCUGCUACUUUGCCUCGAAUCACCUGCUAUACAAAUUUAGCAGAUUUGAAUGUAUGAGGAAACGCUGCCUCUGUCACAGAGCUUGACAUUCUGUCAUCACCCUGAGUAAAAAGGAAGCCAAGACAUGCUGUUUGUGACAGGCACUAUCAGUCUAAAACGAUGCUUUAAGUGUUCAGGAUUGUAUAUCGUCAUCUUACCAGCGGUGGCAGAGGUCACCACAGAUUAGUUCCAUGCUGUCAUACUGAUCUGGUUUCUCCUCCUGCCUUAGUUAAGACUGAUAUGCCUCACUUUAACCUCAUCAAAGCCGCAUGUGCUCUGCCACAUUUAUUUUCUGCAGAGGACUUCAAAUAAGAUUGUCCAUGGACAGCAUGCCUUUGAGUGGAAGCCUUUGUUGAAUCCACCAUGUUAGAAGCGGAUGUGUUAUAUAUGUGAUCCUGUGGGAGAGAUCCCAUCGGUCUUAGAGCUGGAAGCUGAAGGCAAACAUUGCAUCACAAAGCACAUUAGCAUCACUUUAUUAGUCUUGCCUGCAGUUUUUUUCAUCCCAUACAAUGUGAACAAAUAACACCUCCAAAUAUGUAUGGAAAAAAUCAUCUGUGCAUUUCUUUAAAAAAAUGAAAUUUCUAUUGGUGAAGUAUUUAGAAAUGGUAAGUGUUUUGCUCUGAACAGCUGGUCAAUCUUUUUGUUUGGGUCUGACAUGUCAGUACAAACUUCACAACAAUUGAUUUUGGAGCUAAGUUACUCUUUAAUAGAGUUCUCUGAUAAACCUUUCUGUUCUAGAAUUUAAAGAUUCAUGACCAAGUUUUGCAAAUUAUCAUCCUUUAGUAUUAACAGCCUUUUUUUCUGCUUCUUUGUUCACUGUCCAGAAAAUCAGUACGAAUAUGCACACAAACCAGUUAAUUUCCCAAAACAAAGGUUGCAUAUCAAACACAAGUUACAAGUCAAUACAAGACUUGAAUGAAACAUUGUGGACAGCUGAAAAACAGAGAGAAAGCAACGACUGUUUUUAUUAUCAUAAGGAGGAUUUGGUGUGAAUUUAUAUGGUGAAAUUUUACAUCUAGCAAAUAGGCAUCAUGUCUAUUGCGUUUGUUAUGAAACAUAGUAUAUAAAGAGGUCCAAAAGCAAAUUUAAUCCAACCACUAAUCAUUUUUUUUAUUUAAAUAAAUGUUUAUGCUAACAUAAAACAACCUCCCUAUUUUGUAGUUUGUCGGCCUUCAUGUUUUAAGAUCACUUAAAAUAUUAUGUAAUCUAUUGUUAACAUGUUAAGAAUUUUAAAAACCUUUUUAAAGAACAGCAAUUAAUAAUUUUAAAAGGAAUGUAAAUAUAAAAGGUACUGUUGGUUCUCUAUUGAACUUAUACAAGGACCUUGUAUUCUCCCAACAACUGCAAGAAUGUUGAAUCAAAAGUGGUAUGAGAAGAACUCAGUGGUACAGCGUAAGUUUUAAAAGGUUUUCCUUCAAAAAGUCUUGCUUGUAAAUUGUGUUAGAAUUGUCAGACUAGUAGCAUGAUAUUAACCCUUGAUUAAGAAUGAAGCAGAAGGUACAUACUUUCAAAUGUGUUUUUAAAGUUUUCUGGCACUUAGAUAUUAAACUAUAAACAAAUUUGAUUAAACUAAGAAAUGGUGAUGAUUGCAAUUUUCUUUGCCAACUUAAUUCAUCAUAGGACUUUUUUCCCUCCUUUUUUUUUAGUCAGGAGAGGCUUAUUUACUUCCACACCUAAGGUAAAUUUGAUUUGUAAAUAAAUUUAACAAGUCCCUCAUAGCUGGAAAUAAAUUCCAACAAAAUACUAUAUACUAACAGCAAGAAAUAUGUAGAAGAAAGAUUAAAUGUAUGUCAUAUUGAGAUUUUUUGACAUUGUCCCUUAAUUGCAUAACUAUUGUAUACAUUAAACACCCAGUUAAGCAGAAUCCUUUAAAAGGAAAGAUAAUUCUAACCUCCCUGCAAUGUUGAUGUGUAUUGCCAGAUUAUGUAGGAUUCAGCCUACUGACACCAUAGGGACUGCUUAUAUCAAGCUUUAUUUUUUUUGUUUGGGAAGAAGAGCGGGAGAUAUUAGGAGCAAUCCUAAUACAACUUUAUAAUUAUGUGGUAUGCACUGUUAACAUUUGGUUAUCAAGGUACUUUGAUUAUAUUCCUACAUUUUAAAGAUGAAUGUAUGUUCUUGGUGGAGUCAUCUGAUGACAUAGUUCUUGAUAUUUUGAGUGCUAAAGUAUUUUUACCCCUGCACUGGAUUUUCCAUGGUCUUGAUUUUGAUGGAAACUGACUCAUUUAUAUCAUUUGCAUUUACUUACAGUUGAUAUUUAUGUACUGAAUACUGAAAUAAGAACAAACAUACUGUACUAUUAGAUGGACAGGCUAUCGUACUAAAUAAACUUAUAUUUGAUUUUGUAAAGCACAGAACUGAUUUCAUGUUGUACCGGCAAACUUUAUGCUCUUGUAUUAAUUAGUUGUUGGCAUCAUUAACUUUAGUAAGUUAAACUGAUAUUUAUCCUUUGGCAAAGGUUUCUGUUGAAGAUGGCAGGUAAAAUAAUAAAACUAGCAAGCAUUCAUCACAGUUCAGAGUUUGAGAUUGCCAUACAUGCUACAAUCAGUCACCCAUGUAGAUGCACAUUUUUCUUGUGCAGUGAAGCGUCAAUACAAAUAUUAAAUGGUGAAUUUA